GCCCGAAACAAAGCAAUCACCUUCGCUGAGAUUGAUAUGGAAAAUGCAGACAGCCUGGUUCUCUCCGACGAUCCCCAGCAUCCAGCAAACCUAAUACCCGAGAUAUGUGCUUGUAUACACACGCACUCGCAAAAUGCGGUGAUGGUUACACUGUUGUAUCCCGGCGGAGAGUUUGUGAUCACUCAUCAGGAAAUGAUCAAGGGAAUUAGACGUGGGAGCGGAACGCAGAAUCUACGUUACGAUGAUACCUUGGUGGUUCCCAUCAUAGAAAAUACACCAUUCGAGGAAGACCUAGCCGAAGGAAUGGCGAAGAUCAUUGAAGAUUAUCCGGAUACCAAUGCAGUUCUUGUUCGUCGUCAUGGUGUUUACGUUUGGGGAGAAACAUGGGAAAAAGCAAAGACAAUGUCCGAGUGUUACGAUUAUUUAUUCGAAAUUGCAAUCAAGAUGAGAAGCUUCGGAUUGGAUCCCGCAGCGAAACCUGAUGCUAAAUUACAAAUUUAA